CCUCGCCUUUUACCGGAAGUGAAUAACGUCCCUUUAUUCGAAGAAUCCACGUGCUUGUGUUUUGACAAAUUCGCGAGAAGAUCGUCUCGUCUUUACACACAGAAAAUGGUUAUCCGAAAGAGAAAGUAUGAAAGCGGAACGGCCACUGCCUACAUGUCCAGGAACAAGGCAAUCAAGAAAUUACAGCUCAGCCUCCCUGACUUCAGGCGCUUGUGUAUCCUAAAGGGCAUCUACCCCCAUGAACCCAAACACAAGAAGAAGGCCAAUAAGGGAAGCACUGCGCCCAAAACAUUCUACUUUGUCAAGGACAUCCAGUUCCUGUCACAUGAGCCCAUCCUGGCCAAGUUCAGGGAGACAAAGCACUUCGUGAAAAGAUUAAAAAAAGCUAUUGAAAAGAAAAAUUCAAAUGCAGUUCGUCGUAUCCGAGCCAACAGACCAAAAUACAAACUGGAUCAUGUUGUUAAGGAAAGAUACCCAACAUUUGUGGAUGCGCUGCGGGACACGGACGACUGCCUGUCCAUGUGCUCUCUCUUCGCCACCUUUCCCAAGUCAUCAAAGACACAUGUUGAGUUUAUACAGCUCUGCCGUAGACUCACAGUGGAGUUCAUGCACUUCGUGAUUGCGUCCAAGUCCCUCAGGAAGGUGUUCAUCUCCAUCAAGGGAAUCUACUACCAGGCUGAGUUCCAGGGCCAGACAAUCACGUGGGUCACUCCCCACAGAGUGGGGUUCCAGGGUCAAGUGCCAGAUGUUGACUUCAAAAUCAUGCAGAUAUUCGUGGAGUUCUACACGACUUUGUUGGGAUUUAUCAACUACAAGUUAUACAGCUCUCUCAACAUUCACUAUCCUCCACAGCUGGCGCUGGACGGGGAGAAGAAUGAAGACGACACAAAAGGGAAGUGCCUGGAGUCAGAGCAGCGGGAAGAGCGUCUGGCUGCGUUCACUCAAUCACUGCAGACUAUCGGAAGUCCGGACCUGGACGACCACCUGAUCGAUGACUUCCCCACAGCAGUGUCGGACGACCCGGACAUGGUGGAGAAGGCCCAGGUUGAGGCAGAGAACAUGAAGAGGCUUCAGAGUCUGUUUAAGGGCUGCAAGUUCUUCCUCAACAGAGAGGUGCCGAGGGAGACGCUCACAUUCAUUAUCAGGUGUUUUGGAGGCGAGGUGUCGUGGUUCAGUUCAGUCGCUGUUGGUGCUACUUACCAAGAGACUGAUGAGACGAUCACGCACCAGGUGGUUGACAGACCCAAGAUGGACAACCAGUACUUGUCUCGGUACUACAUCCAGCCCCAGUGGCUGUUCGACAGUGUGAAUGCACGCAUGCUGCUCCCCGUUGAGGACUACUUUAUUGGCGAAGUGUUACCACCUCAUCUCUCGCCAUUUGUGGAUGAAGACGAAGGGGACUAUAUUCCACCAGAAAAACAGAAGAUCCUUGACAAACAGAAGGGAGUUGAUUCAGGUGUUGGGGAUGAGUCAGAAGAAGAGGAGGACGAAGACGAUGAAGACGAGGAGGAGGAAGAAGGAGAAGAGAGUGAUGAAGAGGAAGAAGGCGAGGACAAUGAAGACGAAGAAGAAGAAGAAGCAGAUGAUGAUGAAGAGUCUGGGGAGGAAGACGAUGGAGAGGAGGAGGAGGAAGAGAGUCGGAGCCAGGCCAAGAAGAGGAAGAAGUCUGAACCGGAGGUGAAGAAAGCCAAAUCGAUGUCGGUGCAGCGGGGCCGUGUAGAGGAUGUGGACGUCAACGCGAAGCUGGUGAGACAGGAGGCUGAGGAGCGCCGCCUGGCGGAGAUGAUGAUCCCGAAGAAGAAGAAGCGGCUGUACCAGAAGAUCAUGUACAAGCGCAAGAAGCAGAAGCAGGAGACUCGUGUGCUCCAGGAGAAGAGGGAGAAGAUUGAGAAGGCAGCGAAGCAGGAAAAGAAGAAGAAGAAGAAGACAACAUGAAGAAGCUACACACGGAUUAUACACUUUGUCUGGAAAUACAAACAUUGGAUUGGAAGCAAAAUGACCCUCCCGGAGCUGGUAACUGGAAUAUCUCCCCACUACCUGGUGAAUACUAGAUUAAGUGUCUCCUAUGAAAUAACAGAAGAUGACAAUGUUGCUGAUCAUGCUGAUGCAAGGAGAUGUGAACUGUGUAUCCUUGCAGCACAGGUGAAUCCUGUCAGGCUUGCAUACAGGAAGGAUGGGAUCGAGUGUCUGUUGUUGUCAUGCCUUGUACUGGAUUACCAACUCAGUACAGGGAGUGGAACUAAAGACCAGUGUGUUUAAACAUGUUAAGGUAAUUAUUUCUGAACUUUCAGUUAUUGCAUAGUAAAUGCAAUUGAAAUGUCCAAGUCAACAGGACAGUGCUGGUAUGUCACUGAUAGACUUAUGCAUGAUAACCUUUGUGUAUAUAACAAUGUACAAUAAUGAAUAAAGGUGCGAUAUUGUG